AUGAGAUUUAAAACUUCGAUUCGGAACGUUUCGACUUUUACCAGUACGUAUUUCCAGCGGGAGAAUUAAACGGGAUCAAGACUAUUGUUAAUGGAGAUUUAGAGCUCACCUCAUGCCUUGUGUCUAUCGGAAAGAUAGCAUGGCUUCGACUCGACGAGGACGAAAUCCGCUUCACGCUCAUGCCCGAUCAGGGUGUUCAAGUCUUUGCGUAUAUAUACACAUCCUCCCUCCCACCGUUCCAACAAGCACCUCACCAAGCUAACCAUUAUACCUUCCAGUAACCUCGCCAUCGUCAGCCCCCCCCCCCCCUCCCCACCUCUUCCAAUAACAGCUAACAAGCCCAACCAGCAAACCCUCUUCGACUCCUACAUAAUCACCAGCGCAAACUCCAACAUCAUAAACCUCGAAGUCCCCCUCUCCCCACUGCACCGCGCACUCCGCUCCUGCGCCUUGGCCUCGGACGCAACCCUGCGCCUGACAAAGCGUUCCUCGGACAACGUUCCAAUCCUCUGUCUGACAAUAACGACGACGACAAACACCCUCGUGACCCAGGAAAUCCCCGUGCGCGUGCUCUCGCCCGCCAGCGUCGCCAACAUCAAAGAGCCCACAUGUCCGGAGCCCGACGUUCACAUCAUAUUACCGGCACUGCACUCGUUGCGCUCAAUCGUCGAGCGCUUCAACAAACUAGACGCAUCCAGGAUCUCUAUCGCCGCGAACAUGAACGGGGAGCUCAAGAUGCGCCUGGACGGGAACGAUAUGGUCAAGGUGGAGAGCGCGUGGACCGGUUUGAUGAACCCGUUGCUGGAUCCGGAGCAGGUUCCCGGCGGCGUGGAGAACCAUCCGAGCACCACCAGAGAGAAAUCGGCCUUCGCGUGGGUCAGGGUUGAUGGGAAGGAGUGGGGGAGGGUGCUGAAGGUGGGCGGCAUCAGCAGGAGGGUUGUGGCAUGCUUUUGCGAGGAUCAUGCCUUGGUGCUCUACGUCUACUUGACGGACGAGGAGGACGAGCAUUCCGCCGUCUUGACCGCAAGUUUCCCCCUCCUUCCAUUAUGCCCCCCGGGUUUGCAGGAUUCACGCUGA